AGUUCCCAGGUUGAACGCGGUCUUAUAUAAAGAGAGUUUUUUCACGUAGAUAAACGAUAACGAUAUCGCGUAUUAUUUACUGCAACGCGUUCUAUUACACAGAGCAUUCGGAUAUACAUAUUGUAAAAAGGUUCGGCUAAUUGUCGUCCUAUCGUACAUAUCUGCCGCUGUAGCUUCUGUAUAUCCUCAGUCGUCUCAUCGUUUAUCCCCUGAAGGAUCGCGCCACGACGUCUUUUCAUGGUGAAUUUAUAAAUCAUUCGAUCACUGCGGGCAGGAAGACUACCAUUCAACUAUCGCUAAUUCCUCAUUCAUCCAUAUGCAUCGACUGGUGUUGAUAUGCUCGGCGGGCUUUCUGUUCGUGUCUACAAUUCUCGAAUUUGCGAAUGGCAGCCCGUUGUCCUUCCUGAGGGGUCGCGUCCAAGAAGCCGACGAUGAUCGGGUGAUCGAGGGGAAUGAGAUCGAUGGUGACGUUGUGGUGGCGCCACCGGUUGUCAUCUCUCAAACGCGACAACCCGUCAAGGGAAAAAAUAAAUUUAAGAUAAUCAACAAGGAAUGGGUACAGAUGCCGAAAAGUCCGCCAGGUGCUAUCAGUGUUCCCUUAAGAUCACACAUUGAAUUGGAAUGUGAGGCGAUUGGAAGUCCUGCGCCUCAAAUUUAUUGGCUUCGAGGAACAGAGCCCCUACGCCAGCUAGAUGAAGUGGUUGGAAAUAGCGUAGCAGAUAUUAAUACUACACCUUCGAUUUGGGGAGGUAUUGCAAGAACCAGAUCUCGACUUGUCAUUGACUGCGCUUCACCUAGAGACCAAGGCAUCAUUCACUGCGCCGCUGUCGCUGGCAGUAGGAUAGUUCUUUCAAAGCCAACCAUGCUUAUUAUCGACGAACUCAGCAAGGGUAACGGUAGCAGCUGUGGAGCAGAAACUAAACCCCGAGUCACUCUUUAUUCUCCAGUUAUGCUAGCAGCUAUAGGAUCGACGGUCACCUUGCCAUGCCGGGCUAACGGAAGACCUCGCCCCCCUCGUACUCUUUGGCUGGACAAUGAUGACCGGCCUAUAACAUCUUCCUCUAAUCCUCGCUUUAAGGUCUUGGGGACCGGUGAGUUGGUGAUUUUUCCCUUGAAUUGGGACGACAUGGGUGGAUACACAUGUAUCGCUCAGUCUGAUCGAGACGAGGAUGCUGCCAGCACGUUCUUAUAUCCAACGCUGAACGAUGAGAACAAUAGCUAAGCAAGUAAAGGGGCAAUGCGGCAGCGUACAAAUAAACUCGGUCAUUGGUGUACUGUCAAAAUUGAAUUCAACGAUUAGAGCAACGAGUCAUAUUUGCAUACUUAUAUAUUAUAGUUGAGUUGCGUUACUUUGAGAUGCAUUCAAUUAAAUGUUCUAGUCACUAAGCGUUAAGUAGUGUUUAUUUUUGGAAAAGUAUUUCUUUUUGAAAUUUUCUUUUAGUUGAAAAGUAAUUAUUAGAAAAAGUAAUAACAUUCCGCUGCUUAAUAUAUUAUGAUUCUUAUUUUUAUUAUCAUUAUCAUUAUUAUUAUUAUUAUUAUUAUUAUUAUUAUUAUUAUUAUACAUCAAUAUAUCGUAUUUGGUUUGAAAUGGGUAAAUGAUGUAGUGUAGGGAAUAGUACGUACUUCAAAGUAUUCAAUUGAUUAUUAUUAUAUGUUAGUUAACAUUGCCAAACAGUAAAUACGAAUACAUGUAUACACUCAUUUAUUGUCAUCAGCACUUUUAUUACAUUACUCAAUAAUAUUAUCAAAUAAUAAUAUA